AUGGUCUUUGCCUGUCUGGUAGGCUUGAAAGCCCACUCGACGCCACUGAUUGGCUUCUCAAGAACAUGCGUUGGAUACGCGCUAAUUACACUUGUAUCCAACGACAACGACAACCACACCCGCAACCACAGCACACAGGCGUGGCAGGUACAACGCCAGCUGCUCGUAGAAGGACGCCAUAUCGGCCGCCGGUUACUUGAUAACUGUGUUUACCCCAUUUCAACGAUGGCACAGAAAAGACAAUGGCUUGGACAAUGGCUUGGUGGAAGACGCCUCCAGCUAUGCGCUCCUAUCAAUCCGUACAUCCAAGUUCUUACGGUGCGGGUUUCCAUUUCCGAGGCUGAGCUACCCAUCGAGUCCCGGUCACCGAGCGCAAUGGAGCUCAGACGGACUGUCUAUGCUCUAGACUCACGGUCCACGGAAUAUGGCCUCUGCCAUCCCAUCAUGGGCCCGUUGUCUGCAGAGGUUUCAUCACCGCGUCGGGACCAGUCGACGCUAUCACGACUUGACAACGUGGCGAGGUCAAUAUCGACGACUCCAUCGCGACACACAGCCCACUUGAUCGUCUUGGUCUCCGAGAUCUGCGGCAAGGGCCAUUCCCCGCAGACUAUUCUCAAGGGCGAAUACAGAACGCUCAUGCCUACGACGCCGCGCUACGGGUUCCGCACAGCUUCCGCGACGUCUCUAGGUUUCGACGGCCUCUGCCAUCGCGUUGAGGUUCCUGCCGUGGCAGAGGCCGCCCGUCUUGAUUAUUGGGCCGCAUUGACGCAACCUUGGUGCAGGUCGAUGAAACGCUGGGAAACUGUCAUUCAGCUCCCAAGGAACAGUCCCGCCAAGGCCAAGGGACCAGCUGAGAUCAUACUGCAGCCUGGGAAGGGGCCCAAGUUCAUGCUGCUCGUGUUGUGGGCCAGAGGGAGUCAUGUGCUUUGGGCAGUCCGGAGACUCCAAGAUGAUCCCCCCUCCCUUCUCCUCAAAAGAGGAACAGCACGACAAAGAUUGAGUGUUAUGGAGCCUCAGGGGCUCGGGUAUUCCCUCACUCGAUCAAUCGCAGACCACGAAAACUGUAGAUGCGGAUUGCCCGGUGGCAAAAAGCAAGCAUCAAAACAGAUCAACAAGUGUUUCUGCCUCUUUUUUCCUCAGAGUUUCUGCCUAGAGCAUGGCAACGGCGAUCUACUUGUCUACAACCUUACAACGCUCGUUCCCGCCCACAGAUCUGACUUGUCGGGCUUGGCUCGAGCCCUUUUGGCAGCUCUGACACCGCGCGGCUCACAUGUUGAUUUUCAGAAUGUGACCCUUUCAUCAAUUAACGAGUUUCGGUACUGGUAA